AUGUUGCACCCUAAAAACACCGAGAUAUAUUUUACUUUGAACAAUGGCAACAGGAUGCCAGCGUUGGGCCUUGGUACUGCCAAUGAAGUCGAGCAGAUCCCUGAAACAAAGCAGGCUGUCAAGGCAGCAAUUAAGGCUGGAUACCGCUUGAUUGAUACAGCCUGGGCAUACCGUUGCGAGCAGCACAUAGGCGAAGCUUUGAAAGAGCUUUUCGAAGAAGGUGUCAUUAAGCGUGAAGAUAUUUUCAUCACGACAAAGGUCUGGCCCACACACUGGGACAAGGCGGACGAGUCAAUUUCUCGCUCCUUAGAGAAUCUUGGCGUCGACUACGUGGACUUAGUGCUACAGCACUGGCCAUUGUGUUUCAACAGAGUCGAAAGUGCUGACGGUAUUGACGGAAUCGACAGAAAUCCCACUCAUGAAGACGGCUCGCCCAAUAUCAAUGAAGCCGGUGACUACUUAGAUACUUUCAAACAAUUGGAAAGAAUGUAUUUGGCUAAGGACCCUCGUUUCAAAGCCAUUGGCGUGUCGAACUAUCCUGUAGAGUAUCUUCAGAGGUUGCUAAAGGAGUGUAAAGUCGUGCCUGCUGUGAAUCAGGUUGAGUUACAUCCCUUCUUGCCUCAGCUAGAAUUGGUUGAGUUUUGUACCGCGCAUCAUAUUGUUUUAGAGGCUUUCUCGCCUUUCGGCGCCACUGGCGCACCUCUGGUCAAAGAUUCAGCUGUGGAGGCAAUUGCUCAAAAGCAUGCCGGUGAUACCAACAACGUUUUGUUGUCUUAUCACAUAAGGCAAGGCAUAGUGGUGGUACCUAGAUCGGUCAAUCCUAAGAACAUUGUGUCUAAUAUCGAGUUUGUGCCUUUGACUAAAGAUGACAUCAAAACCCUGAACCACAUUGGUCUAGCCGACCCCAAACGGUUCAGAGACGAACCCUUUGCGGGCUCAAUACCAGGUUUUGGAGAAAAAUAA